AAAAGUUAAGAGUUGUAGACACCUCGCGUUUCUCUAACCGCGCAGCCUGAAAGGCUCAAAGCCGUAAUGUGAAAACGAAAGCGAUUUGCGUUGAAACAGCCUCGUAUUUCAUUCUUCACGUGUAUCACAAGACUUCAUAGCCAUAGAUAUUCUAGGUACUUUUGAAAAAACGCGCGGUGAAAUGAAAUGAAAUUAAAUGAAAUGAAAAAAAAAAGAUCGGUUUCGUUGGGACAGCGAAUGGCGGCUCUAUUGUUUGAGGGGUAACGUUAGUCAAUUGGCUAAAUCAAUCGGAGCUGGUUUUAUAUGUAUAGAAACCUGUAUUAUGGAUGUUUUUGCCCUGUAAUUAUUUUCACUAUCUAGGUACUAUUUACGAAUAGAGACCAGCAUUUAAAGAGAGCAAUUUACCAUGGCCGAAAACGAUGUUGAUAAUGAGCUGUUGGACUACGAGGAAGACGAGGAGCCGCAGACCGCCGUGGACAGUGCAGUCCCAUCUGGCAAGAAGGAGGUGAAAGGCUCCUACGUCUCUAUUCACAGCUCCGGCUUCCGUGAUUUCCUCCUGAAACCAGAGCUGCUCCGCGCAAUCGUUGACUGUGGCUUUGAGCAUCCUUCUGAGGUCCAGCAUGAAUGCAUUCCACAAGCCAUCUUGGGUAUGGACAUCCUGUGCCAGGCAAAGUCUGGUAUGGGAAAAACCGCCGUGUUUGUGCUUGCCACUCUUCAGCAGAUCGAGCCAGUGGAUGGGCAGGUUUCCGUGUUGGUUAUGUGUCACACACGUGAACUGGCCUUUCAGAUCAGUAAAGAGUAUGAACGCUUCUCCAAGUACAUGUCCAACGUUAAGUGUGCUGUCUUCUUCGGUGGUUUGUCCAUAAAGAAGGAUGAGGAAGUGCUGAAGAAGAACUGCCCUCACAUUGUAGUGGGAACACCAGGAAGAAUCCUUGCCCUCAUUCGCAACAAGACCUUGAACCUCAAAAAUGUCAAACACUUUGUGUUGGAUGAAUGCGACAAGAUGCUAGAGCAGCUAGAUAUGAGACGAGAUGUCCAGGAUAUCUUCAGACUGACCCCUCACGAGAAGCAGUGCAUGAUGUUCAGUGCCACAUUAAGCAAAGAGAUCAGACCGGUUUGUCGCAAAUUCAUGCAAGAUCCAAUGGAGGUGUUUGUUGAUGACGAGACCAAGCUUACCCUGCAUGGUCUUCAGCAAUACUACGUCAAACUGAAGGACAGCGAAAAGAACCGCAAACUGUUUGACUUGCUUGACGUUCUUGAGUUCAACCAGGUGGUGAUAUUUGUCAAGUCAGUUCCGCGAUGUGUGGCUCUGUCUCAGCUGUUGGUUGAACAGAAUUUCCCUGCCAUUGCGAUCCACAGGGGAAUGGCUCAGGAAGAAAGAUUGUCCCGGUAUCAACAGUUCAAAGAUUUUCAACGGCGGAUCCUGGUGGCUACUAACCUGUUUGGUCGUGGGAUGGAUAUCGAGCGUGUUAAUAUCGUUUUCAACUAUGACAUGCCUGAAGAUUCAGACACGUACCUACACAGGGUUGCUCGUGCUGGUAGGUUUGGUACAAAAGGAUUGGCCAUCACCUUUGUAUCAGAUGAGACGGAUGCAAAGACCCUGAAUGAUGUGCAGGACCGUUUUGAAGUCAACGUCGCUGAGUUGCCUGAGGAAAUCGACAUCUCCACCUACAUUGAGCAGUCCAGAUGAGCUAGCGGUGUGCUGAAGUGGUGGUGGCUGUGGUCCAGCUCUCCCUAUCUGUGUCUCAGUGUAGUUUUCUGUGACAGCGGGAAGAGAGAUCCGCCCAAUUUUAUUUUCAUAUGAUCAUGCCCAAAAAGCCUCUUCUCCAUUUGUGUAGUUUAUUUUAUUGUUCCAGGGGAUUGGUUGGGAAUUCUUUUUUACUUCUGUUAAUUGUGGUUGUUUGUUGGUUUGAGAAUUAAAAACAUUUUAUACUACAUAAGUUGUCUGUGCAGUAUUCACAGUAUUCGAAUGUGAAGUUUCUUUUUUUUUUAAUGCUAAAAUGCAUUCUUCUGUUCCAGUUUAAUGUACAGACUGCUACAAGUAAGCUAUUCUUCUGUUGUGCUUUUUAAAACAUUACUCCAUUUAACUGAUCCAACAUUUCAACUGGCUGUUCAACCAUUUGAAUUAUAUUGUGGUGGAUCCACCGGUACUUGUACUAUGAUGUUUAGUCAGAAAUGGUGAAGAGCUACAUUUCUGUAGUGACGGUUCACCCAAAACUGAAAAUGCUGUCCAAUGGGGAUUAGCAACUGUUUGGUUACCCACAUUCAUCAACAUCUCUUGAGAAAAUUACAGAAUGUCUUUUUCAUUUAGAUGAAUUAAGAAAAUGGCUAUUACAGAAACCAUGGAUUUGUAUUGUAGCACCUAGUCUGAUUUGACUUUUAAUUUGUAAUUCUUCAUAUGAAUAGUUAUUUUCCUAAAUGUAUAAGCAUGCCCUUUUGAUGAUCCAAUGGAUGUGAAAAUACUGAUUAUGCUUUAUUUUAUAUAAAGGAUGUAAUUAUGAGAUUUAAAAAAUGUUUUAUGCUUGUUGAAUGUAGUAUUUCUUUAGUAAAUAUUUUUCAGUAAAUACAAAAAUCCAUUUA